UCAGGUCUUCUUCCGGUUACACACAUUGAUGCCAUCCCGUAAGGCGACUCACAAUGAGCAAGCCGAUGAGCCAUCAACGAGCCAAGAGACAUCAUCAGCCCAGCAUGCAGGUAGUUUGCGGCGCAAUGAGCUUUACUACGACAUGGUCAUGCGAUUCAUGCGUUUCACUAGCACUGCCCGUGGGAAUAUAACGAAAAGAAAUAAAGUGGGAGCAGCCGAAGAGAAAAGCACAACGAAAGGAGCGCUACAACUGGAGCAUGACUUAGCGGAACUGGAAAGUCGGGUAACAAAUGAGGUUAUGAAAUCGAUCGAGCAUGGAUCUCCGCGUCGUUCAUCUCGUACUCGGACUCGUGAUCAAACACGCACAUCACCAUCUCGAUUAUCGCCUAUUGAGGUGAAGGUAGAAGAACCACAACCGACGCCCUCAGUUCCUCCUGGCACAUCGCAUUCUCUUCUGUCGGUGAAUACAACAGAAUCAAAUGUUGAGAAAGCGGCUAAACAGGAAGCGCAGGUGAUGAUGAGGAUAGCGGAACUGCGCCGAGCUGGUCUAUGGACGGCUAGUCGCCUGCCGUUGUGUGUUGAGCCACCCAGGAACAAAACCCAUUGGGAUUACGUAUUAGAGGAAGUGAAAUGGAUGGCAACAGAUUUCCGGAUGGAAAGACAUUUCAAGAGAAAUAUCGCGCGAAAGAUUGCCGCUGCUAUCCAAAAACAACGAAAAGAUGAUGAGAACGAUCAAGAAAAAGCACACGCGCGAUUGAUUAGGGAUGGCAAAAGAAUCUGCGCUUCCAUCGCGAAGAUGGUUCGCGAUUUUUGGCAAAGUGUGGAUAAAGUCGUUGAGCAUCGAGCACAGGAAAUCUUGGAAUCAAAAAAGCGAAAAGCGCUUGAUGCUCAUAUGGCUUUUAUUGUGGGUGAAGCUGAUAAACUUAGUUCUAUGGUACAAGAAGGCUUAGCUCAUGAUCGGGGGUCCAAAACUCCGUCAAGGGCAUCGCGCGAUGACCAAAAUGAUGAUGCUGAUUUUUGUGCGAGCGAGUCGGAAUCGGACGACGAGAUGACGAUAGAACGAGAAGAAGCGACCAUGAAAGAACGACACGAAGAUGUUCGAGAGGAAGUUAAAGCAUUGAAUAAGGAAGCGGAUGAAGAUCUGGACGAUUUUCUAGCUUCGUUACCUCCUGAAUAUCUGGCUGCAAUAGGAGUACAGUUACCAUCGAGCAAUACUACUAACUCUGCCCCAGCUACCGAAUCUCCAGCCGAUUCGGAAGGAGAGGAUGAUGAUAAGACUUUAGAGGAGAUCCAGCUUGCAGCAAAGGCGCGGAAAGCGAGUGAGGAAGCCAGUGAAGGAACAAGAGCGAAACGUCCGAAACUUGAAGAGGCAUCAGAUGAGGACAGCAAUGCCACCAAAAGCAACGAUGUACCACCUACUACAUCUUCUGAAGAAACGAAUAAACGUAACGAGGACGAGGAAAUGAGUGUAGAUGAAGACGAGUCGGAAACAGUUGAGGAGCAUACAGGCAGUGUAGAGGGUAAUGGUGAUGGUCGAGGGAUGUUGGAAAGUAUAGACUACGCUAAACUGAACAGCGUCAACAGCGAUGAACGACAACAGGAACUAGCUAACAUUGCAGAAGCUGCGCUAAAGUUUCAACCAAAAGGUUUCACGCUGGAAACUACGCAGGUUAAAACGGCCGUGCCUUUCUUGAUUAGAGGAACUCUGCGAGAAUAUCAGAUGGUAGGGCUAGACUGGCUGGUUACUCUGUACGAGAAGAACCUCAAUGGAAUUUUGGCAGACGAAAUGGGUUUGGGAAAGACUAUCCAAACGAUUUCUUUACUGGCUCAUCUCGCGUGCUGUGAAUCAAUUUGGGGUCCUCAUCUCAUCAUCGUGCCAACAUCAGUCAUUUUGAAUUGGGAGAUGGAACUCAAAAAAUGGUGUCCAGCUUUCAAAAUUCUGACCUAUUUCGGAGCUCAAAAAGAUCGAGCAGAGAAACGAAAGGGUUGGUCAAAGCCGAAUGCAUUCCACGUGUGCAUAACAUCUUAUAAGACUGUCACCACAGAUAUCAGGGCGUUCAAAAUGAAAUCUUGGCAAUAUCUCAUACUGGAUGAGGCCCAGAACAUCAAGAACUGGAAAAGCCAAAGAUGGCAAGCGUUACUGAAUGUAAAAGCUAGGCGACGGUUGCUUUUAACAGGCACACCAUUGCAAAAUUCUCUUAUGGAGCUUUGGUCGCUCAUGCAUUUUUUGAUGCCAGCUAUUUUUGCCAGUCAUGACGAUUUCAAAGAUUGGUUCAGCAACCCUCUCACUGGGAUGAUGGAUGGGAGUGUGGAGUUUAAUGCCCCUUUGGUGCAGCAGCUGCAUAAAGUGCUACGACCUUUCAUCCUGCGUAGGCUAAAAAGUGAAGUAGAAAAGCAACUUCCGAAAAAAACCGAGCACGUUAUCAAAUGCCAACUGUCUAAAAGGCAAAGGUACUUGUAUGACGACUUCAUGAGUCAACGGAGUACUCGGGACAAUCUGAAGUCGGGAAAUAUGCUUUCUGUACUCAAUAUCGUCAUGCAGUUGAGAAAGUGUUGCAAUCAUCCUAACCUCUUCGAACCACGCGCAGUUCAAUCACCAUUAUGUCUACAUCAUCUGCGCUUCACAUGUCCAGGAUUGAUAAUGGAUCUGGAUGAGAAGGAAUUCGGCCGUGACCUUCCAACAUUUUUCGACUUGCGGAAGCGAUUUACCGGUGUGAGCUCAGCAACGGUUGGACGACCUCCCUUGGUUGAAGAACUGGCUGAAUCAAAUGAUACACCUCCUCCUGUUGUUGAAGGAUUUCGGCUGCACAGGCCUAUCAGCAGUGGAACGGGUGUGGCCAGCACAGCUCUUUCGCCAGAAGUUGCAUCCGUAGUGGAUGUAAGUGCGGCAGAAUUACAGAAAGCUGGUUUUGCUCAGGAUGAAAUGGUGCUAGUUGUGCGAGAUGGUGAUGAUAUUGAAAGCAUUCUUGGAAACAGUGGAGGAGCUCCUGUUCCUAUGCGGGUACGGGUGGACGAUGGUCGACUAGUGCUGGAUGCGGACGGUCUCAAACAACAAGGACGAGGAGCGAAAUUAUGUCAGGUUGUGACUGGCCCCACCGGCGAAAAGACUUUGCGAGAGGUAACGAGGGCAGCGGAGCAGGCAGCUGGUGGAAAUGCACCCGUGCCUGUUUCCCAAGUGGCUAAUCCCGCACCAGCGGCUAUAGCAGCAAUGCCUGGUAGAGCUGCUUCUACAGCAUCAAUAACUUCCAGUGUGGACGCCGUCAAAUCCGAUAGGGUGACCUUUGGCAAGUCGGCGAUCAAAUCAAGCACGAACAUACAUCCGUUUCUUCAAUGCUCAACAUCGAUCUCGAACGUGGCGCCGCUGACAGUAUCGACUACAGAAGCUGGAUUCCACCACAUUAUGCAAAAUGGCGGCACCCACGAAUGUAAUGACUUGGGCGAAAACAUUGAGGAAAUAGCAGCCCGACUAAGCCCACCAUUAAAGCGACGGCGAGCUCAUACACCGGAUUAUGAACUUGUUACUGGAGAAUUUGCUGAUCUAGUCCCGGUCGAAGUCCUGCAACGUAUGGAAGAAAGCAAUCGCUUGCGGUUGCAAAGGAUUGUUGAGCGUUUUGAAUGUCAACAGAAACCGAUCUAUUCGACGCAGCUGGUUUCUAUGCUUCGUAAAGCGAUUCUGACAAAGAUCGGUUUGGAUGAAGAUGAAGAGGUGCAUCGCUCAGACGAUAGCUCGGUUUCCCUCGACAUUCGCGAACAAUUUAUUUGUUGGACAGAAUAUGCAAUGAAACGAUUCUGGAUGUGGGUGAGCCCAGCUGUGGCCGAUAUACCGCAGCUUUGGAGCUCGUACACGGGGCGCGGAAACUAUACCCGAUCCAUUGAUGAAGAACUUUCAACUGCUUCCCGAGACUUCCUGUCCUUAGCACAUCCUCUGACACACAUGGCUCUAGUCUCAUCGCAGAUGCAGUUUCCCGAACUUCGACUCAUUGAGUACGAUUGUGGGAAGUUGCAAGCAUUGGCUCGUUUACUUCGUCGCUUAUACGUAAAUAAACAUCGUUGCCUGAUUUUUACGCAAAUGUCGCGGAUGCUAGAUGUACUUCAAGCUUUUCUUUCAUAUCACGGGUAUCAAUACUUCAGGUUGGAUGGUACUACUGGCAUAGAGCAGCGACAGGCAAUGAUGGAGAGGUUCAACGCUGAUGCGAAGAUUUUUUGUUUUAUCCUUUCAACCCGAUCUGGUGGUAUAGGAGUGAACCUUACCGGUGCAGAUACUGUGAUUUUUUACGAUUCUGACUGGAAUCCUACAAUGGACGCGCAGGCUCAGGACCGAUGUCAUAGGAUUGGACAGACGCGAAAUGUCACUAUCUUCCGUUUGAUCUCAGAAAGAACUAUAGAGGAGAACAUCUUACGUAAAGCAAACCAGAAACGUAGACUAGGUGAAAUGGCAAUCGAUGAAGCUGGCUUCACACCAGAAUUCUUCAAACAGUCUGAUAAUAUACGUGAUCUCUUCGAUGGCGAGUUAGAUGUUGGAAAUAUCGAGAUUACCGAAGGCCCUAAAAGUCAGAAGGACGUGGAGAAGGCUAUGGCGACACUGGAGGAUGAGCAAGAUGUGGCGGCUGCAAAGAUUGUCAUUGCUGAGAGCAGAGCUGAUAAAGCGGAGUUUGACGAGUCGAAGAAUGUGAAUGCUGGUGAAAGUAUCUUCCAAAGUAAUCUGGACAAUGAAGAACCACUGGAUGAGAAGUAUAUCGAGCUCAUCAGCCAGCUAAAACCAAUAGAGCGGUAUGCGGUAAACUUCCUUGAAGCAGAAUACAAACCAGAAUUUGAUGAGGAAGUUAGGGAGGCACAGGCCUUAAUCGAGCAAAAACGCGAAGAAUGGGUGAAAGCUCACAACCAAGCUCUGACCAACGGCGAUGGAGAAAAUCCGGAGAAAGAAGAAGAUUCAGCUACGGUCGACGAUGACUUUUAUGGAGCAGGAUUGCUGUUAGAUGAGGUGUUCGCUGAUGAUCCAGACUUCUUCAACCAAAUCAUGCCGACGUGGACACCAUUUCCCACACCACCAUUGUCGGAUACUGAGAAUGAUCUCUACUUCGAUGACUGUCUCGAUCUUUUGUACGACCGUGAUUUUAUGCCUGAAGAACGUCUCCCAUUGGAGAUUCAUGAACUUUACAGUUCAUUGAACAAACCAGCUAGCCCAGUGAAGAAAACUCCUCCUGCACCUGUGCCUAUGAGCAGCACAGCUCAUAUGUCAUCAUCUGAUGCGGCUGUGAUGAGUUUGCUCCAGCAAGCACUUCACAAUCCUCCACAGUCAUUUACUCCACCUCCAGUUGCUAAUAGUCCAGCUCCUUACUCCCCGGCUGAAUUCGACCAGUACAUGCAGGGAUACAGCGAACUCAAAAAUGAUCAUCCAGAGAGGUCCACGAGAAAGGAACGUCGCACCGCACCACGUCAAGUGGAACAGAAAGGGCGUGAACUGGCCAGGCCCGUCACUCCACCUCCGGCUGUGAGAGAAGAGCUUGAUUAUGAUGGACCGGAGUGGAAUAUUAUCGAAGAUCAGGCCUUGCUAACUGCAGUGAGAAAUGAAGAAAUCAUGUGCCAUAAUUUCGAGCGAACGAAGACAGCACUGCGAUACAACUGGGAAUAUGUUUCUGGGUUUGUGAAUAGAGUGACCAGGUUCUACAGGUCACCGAGGCAAUGUUCAAUCCGUUACCAACUAGUUGUGAGACCUCGCGAAAGCGGGCAACUAAUGGUUAUCGACCCCUUGACGAAAAAGCCCAGAAAGGUUCCACUUACACCAGCUGAAGUCGUUCACCUGCGCAAAGGCCGUGUCACUACAGAUCUCCAGUAUGCACACGAUGCUGAUCGUUUACGUGAAGCAUCGUAUACUGGACGAUUACGGCUUAUUGAGGGUCUAGCCGCUAAGCAGAAUGAGUAUAAGGAGAAGAGAAGACCUAUUGAUCCUCGAUGGCUCGAACCAAGUGGUCGCUUGCCACCCGCACAAGAGAGUCGCCUAUCCGUGCUUGGUGUACGAUAUGCUUCAACGACGUGCCCUGGGGAUAUUAUCAAGAACCUGGAAGAGAAACGAUUAGCUCAAGAAGCUGCUAAGAAAAAGCUAGCUGAGCAACAGGCCAGUAAUGAAAGGCCGAGCUCGCCUUCACAUCCGGUUAUAUCAGUUUGUGUACGUCCACCAGCUGUACCUGCGGGACCUGAUUUGGUUCAGUCCAGAAUACCCAUAGUAAUAGCUGUUCCACAACUCAUGCAGCAACAUCCGCCACAAUUGCAGCCAUCAAUGGGACAAGAUAUCUCUAUGGGUGUUCUGUCCCAGUCACACUCUCCCGUGGGAGGGCUCCGUCGAGCUGCGCCACAUGCACAAGGUGGUGUUCCUUUAGCAGGAAUGCAACAUGUCCAGGCUGGAGCACCAAACACCCAGCACAACUAUGUUGUUGUUAGCCAGGAUUCACUCCAGCCAGCUUCACGGAUGCAGUUUGUUACACGGACAACUGAUGGUAUCACCCUUGGCCAAGCCGCUCAACCCGUUUAUCGGUCCAUUGCGAAUUCAAGUCAAGCGAAGCGGACACCUCCAUCAACGCCUUCGCUGAGCAGGAUGCAGGGUGGCUAUAUGGCAAAUGUGCAAACGGUACCAGGCAACAGCACUAUUUUCCAACCAGGAAGUGCCGCCGUCGGUGGCCCACAACGGGGAAGAGUCAUGCAACGACCAACCGCUCCGCGAAUGUUUGUUCAACCUGCACCACAAGCAGGUGAACGACCAUAUGUUGUACCUCAGCAGCAAAUUCGUAUGGUUUCGACGCAGAGAUUACCGCCACAGAAGCGAACUAUAGGACAGAAAUCUCCAAUGACAGCUGUAAUGGUACCAGCCAGGUCUGGACAACCGCAUCAGAUUCGUGCAGUGCCACGAGGAUUCACUCCUCAAGGGACCCGAAUAAUGAAUGUUGUUAUGGCACCUAGUGGCGUGCCGGCGUCAAGUUCAUCACAGCCGCUUCCAAUGCAGUCGGGUGGGCAACCUGGGGGAGCCACACUGAUGACGUCUGGUGCCCCUGGUGUACGACAUCCGUCACCGUUCUCGGAAGCUACUGGUGUAACUGUAAAACGACAACUUUUGUCCCAAGCUCGUCCCUUGGGACCAGGAUCAAGAGGCAGCUCUCCUCAGACUGUAGCUCAAGUCGUAAUCGCGCCACCAUCACAGCCGCAGCCUCAACCCCUACAGCAACAACAGCCACAGCAGCAACAACAACAACAACAACAACAGCAACAACAGCUGUCCACUGAAGAACAACACGCUUUAGCUGCUGCGCCCUUACCUCAAUCAUCACCAGCCCAAAUUGAGGAACCGCCUUCUAGGCCAUCGCCCUCGCCAUCUCAUAGUUCAUAACCCAAAAAUCAUAAAUUCAUGCAUACGAGUAUCAAGCUUUAACUUAAUUACAGAGUUUAUAUAUGUUUUGUUUUCUGUUUCAUUGUUGUGAACAGCCCAGCAUUUACCUUAUUGUUAUUGAUGAUAGCUGUUGAGUGUAUUAUACAAAAAGAU